AGGAAAAGGAGGGCGCGUCUUCGUAGAACGCAUAAACCGUGGCUAAGCAUCUCGAAGACUGAUAACUGUCAAAUGACAAUAGUAUUAAGGAAUUACGUUCGCGCGUGGCCGAGAACAAUUGAGAAUGGCAGCGGAGAUAAAACCCGCCCCGGGAGUAAAUCACGAUAAGUUCAGCAGCAAUCGCAAACCGGUGCUCUUGUCGAAAUUGGAGGGCUGCGGCGAUGACGUUAACGCCGCUGUUAUCAUUCCGCAGGAGGAAGGUGUAAUCAGUAUUUGCGAUGACAGGACAGUCAGAGUAUGGCUGAAACGUGAUUCUGGUCAUUAUUGGCCAAGUAUUUGUCAAUAUAUGCCAGCGGGCGCUACUUCCAUGUAUUAUUGCAUAGAAACGAGACAAUUGUUUGUUGGCUUGGAUAAUGGGAGUAUAAAUGAAUUUAUCUUGGAGCAAGAUUACAAUCGAAUGACAGCUAUGCGUGAUUAUCUGGCGCAUCAAGCGAGAGUCACAGGAAUUAUUUUUGCGCCAGAAUCCGAAUGGGUUUUAAGUAUAGGUCGCGAUAAAUUAUUUCAACUGCACAGUUCUGAGACAGGGCAGAAAUUAGGAUCGUACCAAACUGAUGCAUGGUAUACCGCUCUACAAUAUGACUCCCAAUCCAAACACGCUUUUGUAGGAGAUUAUUCUGGUCAGAUAGCGAUGUUGAAGCUGGAUAAUAAUGGUGUAACUUUCAUUACUACAUUAAAGGCACACACGGGGAGUAUCCACACAUUAGCAUGGGAUUUUGAAAAACAGUUGUUGUCUGGAAGUUUUGACCAAAGCAUUAUCGUCUGGGAUAUUGGAGGUCGCCAAGGCACUGCUUACGAAUUACAAGGGCAUCACAACAAAGUUACGGCAUUAUGUUACGCGAGUGCCGAACGUUUGCUCUUAUCCGGAGGCGAGGAUGGGGUAAUCGUCUGUUGGAAUAUGGCAUCGAAUAGGAAAGAAACCGCAGCCUGGGUCGAAUCUGACAUCUGUCAGGCCUGCGGGAGACCCUUCUUCUGGAAUAUAAAAGCGAUGAUGGAUCAACGGCAAUUAGGAUUGAGGCAGCACCAUUGCCGCUAUUGCGGCCGCGCCUUGUGCGCCCGUUGCACGUCACAACGGAUACCGAUACCAGCGAUGGGCUUCGAGUUCGAAGUGAGAGUCUGCGACCAGUGUCAUAUACAGCUAAAGUCUGAGAACCAAUCGUCUCUAGCAUCUUUUCACGAUGCCAAACACAAUGUCAUUGGAAUGGAUUUGGAUGCUCCCAAGAGAAGAUUGUUGACUAUAGGGCAGGAUCGUGUUAUCAAGAUUUGGGAUAUAACAGCACUCUUUCAAUAAAUGUUAUAUGGAUAAUGUCGAGGUUGAAAUCAAAUUACCUAGGUAUCAUCAUACUCUGGAAUAUUCUAGAAGAAGAGAGAGAAUAUCCCAGAACCUAUUUUUGUGAUUAUGUUAUUAUGUCUGAUUGUACAUCGGAUACAUAACUGGUGGUCUAUUAAGAAUCGUUCUGGUAUAACAUCAAGAUAGCAAACAAUUAGUUAUGAAUAAUAAUGCUAGAGCACAUGCUUAUUCGCAUAUAUAUAUAUUUUUAGCAUUUAAAUAUCAGAACAAUUCAAAGAGCUAAGCAUGUUAAUUCAAUGGAAUUAUCUUUAAAAAUAUUGUAUCGAUGGAAUUAUCUCCCCUUCUACUAUUUCUCAGAGAAGUUUAUGUAAUCGUACUUGGUUACACAUAAAUAAUCUCUGAAUGUAAGUGCAAAGUUCAAGAAGUCCCUAGUUUGAAACAUGUUAUGUACAAUGUGCAUGCAGUUAUGAUACAACACAGAUAAAAAACACGUAAUAUCUUUUAAAACUAAAAUUGAAUAUUUAAUGAUUUUUUAAUGAAUUUGAACUGAAGUUAACGCAAAAACCUCUACAAAAAAUCACAUUUACAUUGAUGAUAAAUUGACAGAUUUACACAUUUGCAAACCUUAACAUUUAAUUAUAUUUAUAUGCAAUAAAAUUGUCUGUUUUGUAUAUUUUGUUAUUAAAAUCUUUAAACCAUGUUGUUAUCCAUGUUUAAACAUAGUUUUGACUAAAAAACAGUUGAUAGUCAGCAAUUGACUAAUGAACAUAAGUUGAUUAUUUUAAUAUGAUUUAUGUAAUAUAGGAAUAGAGAUAAACAAAUAUGUGUUAAGAUUUUCGGAUUCGUUCGCGUGUUUCUACAUUACUUCCUACUACUAAACUAAUUUAAUAAUUUAGUACAUAAAUCUUGAAUUAUACUAUUUUUAAUAUGAACUCAAAUAAGUAGUGAUAUAUCUUGUAUUAAAUCCUAGUCCUAUUUAUUAUACAUAUAAAUAUUAUUAUAUCAUCUUUUAUAUGAGAACAAACUAGAGAAAAAAAUAUCGACCACCUUUAUCAUAUACUUUUUUGAUUAUUAAAGUCUCUCUUCUCGAAUACAAUAAAUAUAGGUACAAGUUAUGCAAAAUUAAUUCAUUUAAAGAUAAUGAUUUAUCGUAUUUUUUAUCAUAGAAUUAAAUAAUAUAUUUCAUCAAAUAAAAAAAACAAAAACAUUUUUAUUAUAGAUUUUCUCUAUUAGAGAUUUUAUUGGUUGAAUAAAAGUACUUCAACGACUUUAAAAUAAAAACUUUGAUAACAUAUAGUGAUAAUAAGCUUCCAUAAAAUUUAAAAUAUAUUCGUAGACGAAUAAAUUGUACUAAAAGACUAUCUCAUAUAAAUAUCAUGCGGUUGGUUUGAUCAGUUUCUUUAUCUCCUCGCCCAAUGUACAUAAAAUGCAUAUCUUGUACCUGUACAUAUUAUAUAUAUAAUUAUUUCAUACCAAUCACUGAGAUUAUGGAAGAGAUCACCCUUGUUAUCAAAGUGCAUUUAGAUUUAUUCGCAGAAUAAAUCUCGCAUUUUGAGUAAAUAAACGCGCAAAUGCAAUUUGCACGGUCCGAAUAAACUAUAUCCAUUAAAUAAAUAUAUAUAUAUAUAUAUAUAUAUAUAUAUAUAUAUAUAUAUGUAUUGUAUGUUUAUAAGCUCGAUUAUAGAAAACACUACAACAAAUACUGUCGCAUUUUUGUAUGUUUUGCUAAAAAAAAGGUAUAUAAGUAUACAUGUAUAAUAUAUAUUUAAACACAUACGUAUACUAUGUGUAUAAUGCUUCUUAUUCUAAAUAAAAUAAACUUUACACCAUUACACGACCAAACAUGUAUGUACAUCAUCAGAUGACGAUUAUUAUUCGACGUUUAUAAUUGUAAAAAGGAAAAAAAUGAACGAAUGUUAAAUUAUGCAACAUAUUAUUGUCACUCUCGCUAUGAAAUACAGUAUGUAUGUGUAUGUAAUUUGCAGAAGAAUGUAAAGAAAAAAA